GGGAAGCCCAGGGCUUGGAGGCGGCGGCAGGAGAGAGCGGCGCGGCCAUUUUGUCUUCCUCCGAGAGGGCCGCUGGAAGGCCUGCGGCUGGUGCCUGCUUCUCGCCUUUCUCUAGUUCGGUAGCGCCACCGCCAUGGGCCGGAAGAAGAAGAAGCAGCUGAAGCCCUGGUGCUGGUAUUGCAACAGGGAUUUUGACGAUGAGAAAAUCCUUAUACAGCAUCAAAAAGCAAAGCACUUUAAAUGCCAUAUAUGUCAUAAGAAACUGUAUACAGGACCCGGUUUAGCUAUACAUUGUAUGCAGGUGCAUAAAGAAACAAUAGAUGCUGUUCCAAAUGCUAUUCCUGGAAGAACAGAUAUUGAACUGGAAAUCUAUGGUAUGGAGGGCAUUCCAGAAAAAGACAUGGAUGAAAGGAGAAGAUUACUUGAACAAAAAACUCAGGCAGAGAGCCAGAAGAAGAAACAACAAGAUGAUUCUGAUGAGUAUGAUGAUGAUGAAUCUACAGCUUCAACCUCAUUUCAGCCACAGCCAGUACAACCACAACAGGGAUACAUGCCCCCAAUGGCACAACCAGGAUUGCCUCCUGUGCCAGGUGCACCAGGAAUACCCCCAGGUAUACCACCCUUGAUGGCAGGUGUUCCACCAAUGAUGCCAGGAAUGCCUCCAGUUAUGCCAGGAAUGCCACCUGGAUUACAUCAACAGAGAAAGUACAUGCAGUCAUUUUGCGGUGAAAACAUGAUGAUGCCAAUGGGUGGGAUGAUGCCUCCUGGGCCAGGAAUACCACCUCUUAUGCCUGGUAUGCCACCAGGUAGGUCAGUGAUGUCGAACUCGUACUGUGGUAUGCCACCACCUGUUGGUCCUCGCCCUGGUAUGCCUCCCAUGACACAAGCACAGCCUGUGACAGCACCAGGCAUUCUUAAUAGACCUCCAGCUCCUGCUGUAGCAGCACCCUCCCCACAGCCUCCAGUUACGAAACCACUUUUCCCCAGUGCAGGACAGAUGGGGACACCUGUCACAAGUUCAAGUACAGCUUCAUCCAAUUCAGAAAAUCUGUCAGCAUCUUCUAAAGCUCUGUUUCCUAGCACAGCACAAGCUCAGGCAGCUGUUCCAGGACCAGUGGGUACUGAUUUCAAACCUUUGAAUAAUACACCUGCAACAACCACAGAGCCCCCCAAACCUACAUUCCCUGCUUAUACACAGUCUACAGCUUCAACCACUAGCACAACAAACAGUACUGCAGCUAAACCAGCUACGUCUAUAACAAGUAAGCCUGCUACCCUUACAACAACCAGUGCAACCAGUAAGUUGAUCCAUCCAGAUGAGGAUAUAUCACUGGAAGAGAGAAGGGCACAGUUGCCCAAAUAUCAACGUAAUCUUCCUCGACAAGGACAGGUAUCAAUGGGCAAUCCAUCAGUUGGAUCACUUGGAGGUAUGAUGCCACCACAACCUGGAAUUCCUCCUCAGCAGCAGGGAAUGAGACCUCCUAUGCCUCCUCAUGGUCAGUAUGGUGCUCAUCACCAAGGCAUGCCAGGAUACCUUCCUGGAGGGAUGCCUCCAUAUGGUCAGGGACCUCCAAUGGUGCCCCCUUACCAAGGUGGACCUCCUCGACCUCCAAUGGGAAUGAGACCUCCUGUAAUGUCGCAAGGUGGCCGCUACUGAUGCUACUACACACAGUCUAAUAGGUUUGGAGAUUAAACCUUUUCUCAUCUUGUGCUGUUAAUAUAGCCAAGCUUCCGUCAGUUAAGGCUUCAUUGUGACUUUAAAAAAAAAAGUAUCUUCCCACAUGCAAGGAACUAUUGGACAUUCUUAUUUUACAUGGGAAAAAUUUAUUUGGAAUAAUAAAACAGGAACUUUUCCUGAUGUUGCAAUUUAUACUGUAUGGCUUCUUUUUCAUGUUUCAUCUAGGUUUUUAGAAGUGAAGUAUAGUAAAUAUGGUUCGUUAAAUUGUGAAGGCGCUGGAAUUACAUGAACAUACCAUCUUAAAGGCAAGUUCUGUAACAUUAUGUUGCUAUUUGUAAAGUGAUGCCUUCACAGCACUUCAGGUGCUGUUGGACUUCAUGUCCCCAACUUAGCUUGGUGAGGGCUGUAACUAUUCCCAACUACCUGUACAUUUAAAAGUCUGAACAUGUAACAAUAUUUAAUGUAUUUAGCGUUCCUCCUGUUGCAGGGUUUAAGUAAACUGACCCAAUAAGGUCGUGUGACUUUUCUGUACUGUUAUAAACUUCAUUGUAAUAAAACAAGACAAAAAUUUA